GUGUAUAUACUAUGUAUGAUACUUCUAAUUGUACUCACUAAUACUUCUACCUUUUUUCUAGGUGAAUCUGGACUGGGAAAAUCAACAUUAAUCAACUCAUUAUUUUUAACAGACUUGUAUUCCCCAGACUAUCCAGGUCCUUCACAUAGAAUUAAAAAGACUGUACAGGUUGAACAGUCAAAAGUCUUAAUCAAAGAAGGUGGUGUUCAGUUACUACUCACAAUAGUUGACACACCAGGAUUUGGAGAUGCAGUGGAUAAUAGCAAUUGUUGGCAGCCUGUUAUUGACUACAUUGACAGUAAGUUUGAAGACUACCUGAACGCAGAAUCCCGUGUGAAUCGACGUCAGAUGCCAGAUAAUAGGGUGCAGUGUUGUUUAUACUUCAUUGCUCCUUCAGGACAUGGACUUAAGCCUUUGGAUAUUGAGUUUAUGAAGCGCCUGCAUGAAAAAGUGAAUAUCAUUCCACUUAUUGCCAAAGCAGACACACUUACACCUGAGGAAUGCCAACAGUUUAAAAAACAGAUUAUGAAAGAAAUCCAAGAGCACAAAAUUAAAAUAUAUGAAUUUCCAGAAACAGAUGAUGAAGAAGAAAAUAAGCUGGUUAAAAAGAUAAAGGACCGUUUACCACUUGCUGUCGUAGGUAGUAAUACGAUCAUUGAAGUCAAUGGCAAGAGAGUCCGAGGAAGGCAGUAUCCUUGGGGUGUUGCAGAAGUUGAAAAUGGUGAACACUGUGACUUCACAAUUCUAAGGAACAUGUUGAUAAGAACUCAUAUGCAGGAUCUGAAAGAUGUCACUAACAAUGUACACUAUGAGAACUACAGGAGCAGAAAGCUGGCAGCUGUAACAUACAAUGGAGUUGACAACAACAAAAACAAAGGGCAGCUAACUAAAUUUGACACAGUUGAAGGCAUGAGCCCUCUGGCACAGAUGGAAGAAGAGAGAAGAGAGCAUGUGGCCAAAAUGAAAAAAAUGGAGAUGGAAAUGGAGCAGGUCUUUGAGAUGAAGGUCAAAGAAAAAGUUCAGAAACUGAAGGACUCUGAAGCUGAGCUCCAACGACGCCAUGAGCAAAUGAAAAAGAACUUGGAGGCGCAGCACAAAGAAUUAGAGGAAAAGCGCCGCCAGUUUGAGGAUGAGAAAGCCAACUGGGAAACCCAACAACGUAUUUUGGAACAACAGAAUUCUUCCAGAACCUUGGAAAAAAACAAGAAGAAAGGGAAGAUCUUUUAAAUACAUCUAUUGACCACCAGUUAUGUAUUAGUUGCCAAUAUACCAGCCUGGACAUCAGUGUUCGUUGGGUCCGUUUGACCAGUUUUGCACCAGUUGUAUCCAUAGCGAUGGAUUUAACAGCAUGACAAAUUUUUUGUUAAUCUUGAUGGAGAUUGAAAUGCCUUCAAUUGUCUAGGAUGUUGUGUACUUGGAAUAAUAACAGCUCUAAGUACUUUUUUCCUUUUUCUUUUUAAAACAAAUGUCAUUUUAACGCAAAAAAACAUUUUACUGUUGUACAAUCAUGUUCUGGUGGUUUUUUUGUUUACAGGAUAUUCCAAAAUACAAGGACUCUGGAAGGUUUUCAGUGAGGAUAAAUUGCCAUAAUAUGAUACAAACUAUGCUUCUCUAUUAUAAUACAAAAUUCCAUUCAGUGCAGCAUAUAUAAUAAUGUAAUUUAGUCUAACACAGUUGACCCUAUUUUUUGACACUUCCAUUGUUUGAAAAUACACAUGGAAAAACAAACUUAUAGGCUUACAGUGCACCUAAAGCUUUUUAUAACAACCCUUUUUUGUUUUUGAUUCUUUAAAUAUAUGCUAUCCUCAUUUAGUAUCUUCUUUAGCCAGAAGAAUUUCAUUACUGCUUCAUUUUUGUAAUAACAUUUAAUUUAGAUAUUUUUCCAUAUAUUGGCCCUGCUAAAUAGAAUAUAGCUUCUUUCAUAUGGUAGGAACCAGUGAAUAAAUCUUUCCUUUAACUCCCUUUUUACAUUUUAUGGUAAGUAGCAGGAAAAUGCAUUUAUAGGUCAUUUUUAGGCAAAAUUGUGGAGUUAACUACCAACCUGUUUCUACCUGUGUGCAGUCUGUCUUUCUUUUACUAGAAAUGGGAAUCAUGGCCUCUUGAGAAGUCACCAUUUUGCAUUUAGCUGUAUUCAUAUACUGCAUUUCUGUAUUUUUGUUUGUAUUGUAAAAAGUCACAUAAUAAACAAUGUUGUGAUGUUAGCCUGCUGAUGUGCUAUAUAUGCUUUCAAGGAAUUGCAUAGGAAAGUACUUGCUCUGGGAAAUAUUUCAAUUUAACCACACUUAAAUAGAGAAAUUUUCAUUUACUUUGUUUAUAUAUAAAGUUCCCAAUUUACGGGGUGGACAAGUGUAUUCAAUCUGUGGAUUUUUGACCUAAAAAGAUUUCAAGUGACUGAGUACAUGAUUAACUGCUCUGUGAAAUUGCAAAUUAAAAAUUUCUUACCCAGAAGAGGGUACCACAUUUUCUUGCAUUUUUUGCACUGUCCAAAAUAGUAAGGAGUUCAGACACUUUCUGAUAUUUUCCCAGGGUUUAAUUCUUUAUGGUUAUUAAUGGUACUAUGACAUAGCUGCAGUCUCUGGGAUUUCUCAACUGUUUAUCAAAAAUGUAAGUGAAUCAAACUGAACUGGUUAGCCAGGCAGGUGGCAUGUAGUUUGUAAAAUGCUUGAAUGUUACACAGAAGUGUGUACUAAGCUUUGUGUGUCAUGAUAGAUGCAAAAAAAUUGAAAGAUUUUUGACUUCCAGAAAAUAGAAAUGGGAGCAUAUUUUCCAGAUUAUUCUACAUUUCAGGGAACAGUUACCCAAAAGGACUUUUUAAUAGGGGAAGAGAAGCCUAAAGAGUUUGCUUAACCAGAGAUGUUACUGUGAAAUGAUUAUAACCCGAGUUGGGAUAAGAAUUUUUACAUUGUUAGCUGCAGUGCCUCACUCUUAUUUUUUUGUGAAGACAUUCUGACCAUUGCUUUCCUUGCAACCAGAAUGAUCAGAAAACUCAGGACAUACAUUUUAGUAUGAAUUUGCAAUUGAUUUAUUUACAACUGAACUUUUGCCUCACCUUUGACUUCCAUAUCUUUUUAAAAAUGGACACGCCUAGCUCGCAAUGAGACUGGCAAACCAAUUUCCAGUUAUUGUAUUCAUUUAAUAUAUUUUUUUAUUCAUGGUCAUUGCUUUUACAGAGGUCACUUGUAUUAUCCAGUAGUCACUUUGCCUUCUAUUCCAGUUUGAUUUUGCACAGGAUUCCCCUUAUGUUGGCUUCAGUGACAGGCACUCAGGCACACCCCGAACAAGGCUCAAGACUCCACCUGAAUUUGACUUUCACUUUGAACAUGCCACAUAUUUUCUUACAGUGUUAACAUUCAGAAUUCUGUUCUGCAAAAUGUGUGUAGCUUUCCUUUAACAAUCUGAAUGCAAAGUCCCUUUAUAUUGUAACACACUGUGUAUGGGACAUGAGCCUUUUCUGAUAUUUGUGCCUUGCCAAAAAAUUGAAUAAACUGGAUAGGACGACUAGCAUCACAUGUGACUAUUGCUCGUAAAGCUAAUAACUUGGACUUUCCAUUCCAUGGGAAAUUCCCAACAUUUGAACAUUUCCAUUUGUCCUAAAUUUGCAGGAAAUUAUUUCCUUCCAAAGUGAAAUUUGUGGAAAAAAAUCGGAAAUAAUAAACUUAAUUGAAUGUGUUGUGUUGACUACAUUAUAAAGAUGAAACAAAGCGCCUCGACCUGUCUAAUCAGUGUUUUCCCAAAGGAAUACUGUUCAACUAGAAAAUUUUCACUCAGUUCUAAUCGCUAUAUUUCCAAAAACAUGUUGGAUUAAUACAUGUCUAAACUUGUGCUGCAACUUUCCCAGAAUGGGUUAUGGUUUGACCAAAAGUUGGAGUUUCUAGUAUGAUACACCAGAUGUUGUUUGCCUAACAGGAAUAAAUGUCUUCAAUAUUUAGCACUA